CCGAAACGUCGUGAGAAUUAUUUUAUUUUAUUGUGUUUUGUUUUUGUUGUUUUGUUACUUCCCUUCUGCGUGACUUUACCGAAAGAACCAAGAAGAUGAAUUCCUGCAGUCACGAAAGCUUUAAAUCGAAACACACUACAUACACACACACUACACACACACUACACAUACACUACACACCACACACACUACACACACGACACACAGACUAGACCACACACACCACACACACACCAUCAAUCAUCAGCCUCCACCCACUGCGAAUCUCUGCUGGCUCGCAACGUUACAGAGGCACCUGCCCGCCUCAUCAUACACCUGCCCGCCUCAUCAUACACCUGCCCGCCUCAUCAUACACCUGCCCGCGUCAUCAUACACCUGCCCGCCUCAUCAUACACCUGCCCGCCUCAUCAUACACCUGCCCGCGUCAUCAUACACCUGCCCGCCUCAUCAUACACCUGCCCGCCUCAUCAUACACCUGCCCGCGUCAUACAUCUGCCCGCAUGGUGGCGCUUAAAUACAUUUUCCCUCGGCGAAACAAUUCCGAACACGGUCAAACACUUCCUCUCUCUCGCAAAUAUUCUGGAUGUUAUCGCGGGCGCGCACACACGCACGCACACUUCAUCCGAAUGCAGCUCUAUUAUUCUCGUCGGAGGCUUUUCUGAAAACAACCUUCCGAUAUUGUCGCUCUUGCAAACCCUAGCGCGGACACAACGACCCAUCGUCACCGAGUGCUGUGACCCUCCACGGCAGCACGCUCCGCGAUUUCAAACUCCAACCGCGCGCGACAUCCUCGAUUUCGACAUCGUCAAAAGCUCCCCAACCCACCACCACCACCAACGCCAUCAUCACCACCACCACCAGCACAGAUACUCAUCACGCGGCCAUGGCUCAGCACUUUGCGACCGCGCUGAAACUCGCGAAGGCUCAAAGAGCCGUGCUCGGGAACAGCGCGGUGGCUCUGCUGACCGGAUCGUUCGAGCAGAUCUACCAGAGCGCCACCUUCAAGUGCCCCUGUUCGCCGGGCGUCAGCCAAAUCUACGCCGCCACCUCGCUGCUCGUGCCGGCCCUCGUCCUCCUCGCCAUGGGCUACUCGGCCAACGCGAGGACGUGGAAGCUGGUGACCGGCUGCUGCUCCUUCAGACCCCUCCGAGGCUUCGGUGGUCUGCGGAGGUUCCUGCGGAUCCUGCUGUCGGUCACGGGCAGGGCGCUCGUGGCGCCCGGCGCGUGGCUGCUCGUGGCGCUGUUCGACGGCAGCUACUUCGUGUGCGGAGCGAGCCCGUACGCCGCGCAGGUGCAGAGCGGCUUCCUGGGAGGGUGGCUGCCGACGGUGGUGGACGGCCUCUCCCACCUGCCCGAGCCUCUGGCCAAGAUGAACCACUCGCAGCUGGCGCCGCUCUUGGCGGCCCUGCCGUGCCGGAGGCCGGAGGGCAUCUCUGCGUCUUCGAGUGACCAAUUCUUGAGGCAGCUGGCGAUCCAGUCUCAGCUCUGGGGCUGGUUCCUGCUGGCCACGGCCGUCGUGCUCGUGAUGAGCUGCAGCUGCCUGGCGCACUGCACGGCGCCCGUCAGCUACCUGCACCUGCAGUACUGGCGGGGGUACAUCGAGGCGGAGGGAGAGCUCUUUCAGAAGCGGGCAUCGGAGCACUCCAGAGAGCUUGCCUCGAAGAACGUGGACAGGUUCUUCCAAAGGGACGUGGGGGGCAGCCCCUUGGCCUCGAGCCCCAGCAUCGACGACUGGAGCUCCGUGUCGCGCCUCUACGUCUUCCACGAGAGACAGCCGCUGCGCUACAGCACCCUGGACAGCUGGGCGCAGAGUGGCGCCCCGCAGAAGGGCGCCCCGCAGAAGGGCGGCGCGGCCUCGCCCGACGGGGAGAUCGAGCCCUCGCUGGCGUUCGUGGACGGCACGCGGCUCCUCCGGCUCCGAGACGCCCUCUCGGUGGACAGCGAGACGGAGCCGCUCAACGGCGACGCCAAAAACAGACUUACAUAGAAGCAGAGACCUCACAGACUUACAUAGAAGCAGAGACCACCACAGACUUACAUAGAACCAGAGACCACCACGGACUUGCGUAGAACCAGAGACCACCACAGACUUACAUAGAAGCAGAGACCACCACAGACUUACAUAGAACCAGAGACCCCACAGACUUACAUAGAACCAGAGACCACCACAUACUUACAUAGAACCAGAGACCACCACAGACUUACAUAGAACUAGAGACCACCACAGACUUACAUAGAAGCAGAGACCACCACAUACUUAGAUAGAACCAGAGACCACCACAGACUUACAUAGAACCAGAGACCACCACAGACUUACAUAGAAGCAGAGACCACCACAGACUUACAUAGAAGCAGAGACCCCACAGACUUACAUAGAACCAGAGACCACCACAGACUUACAUAGAAGCAGAGACCCCACAGACUUACAUAGAACCAGAGACCACCACAGACUUACAUAGAAGCAGAGACCCCACAGACUUACAUAGAAGCAGAGACCCCACAGACUUACAUAGAACCAGAGACCACCACAGACUUACAUAGAACCAGAGACCACCACAGACUUACAUAGAAGCAGAGACCCCACAGACUUACAUAGAAGCAGAGACCACCACAGACUUACAUAGAAGCAGAGACCACCACGGACUUACAUAGAAGCAGAGACCCCACAGACUUACAUAGAAGCAGAGACCACCACAGACUUACAUAGAACCAGAGACCACCACAUACUUAGAUAGAACCAGAGACCACCACAGACUUACAUAGAACCAGAGACCACCACAGACUUACGUAGAACCAGAGACCACCACAGACUUACAUAGAAGCAGAGACCCCACAGACGUAUAUAGAACCAGAGACCACCACAGACUUACAUAGAACCAGAGACCACCACAGACUUACAUAGAACCAGAGACCACCACAGACUUACAUAGAACCAGAGACCACCACAGACUUACAUAGAACCAGAGACCGCACAGACUUACAUAGAAGCAGAGACCACCACAUACUUACAUAGAACCAGAGACCCCACAGACUUACAUAGAACCAGAGACCACCACAGACUUACAUAGAACCAGAGACCACCACAGACUUACAUAGAAGCAGAGACCACCACAUACUUAGAUAGAACCAGAGACCACCACAGACUUACAUAGAACCAGAGACCCCACAGACUUACAUAGAACCAGAGACCGCACAGACUUACAUAGAACCAGAGACCACCACAGACUUACAUAGAAGCAGAGACCACCACAGACUUACAUAGAACCAGAGACCACCACAGACUUACAUAGAACCAGAGACCGCACAUACUUAGAUAGAACCAGAGACCACCACAGACUUACAUAGAAGCAGAGACCACCACAGACUUACAUAGAACCAGAGACCACCACAGACUUACAUAGAACCAGAGACCCCACAGACUUACAUAGAACCAGAGACCGCA